CCUGGAACCCGUCCAACCCGCCCGGGUGAAAAGUCGCCUCGAAUUAUCCAAAAAACAAAAUUCGCCGCCUGAAACCCCCGCUCGCACCAAACCCGUUUUCGCUCCGAUCCCCUAAACCCCCUCACAUUUGCCACUCACCCUACCUGGAUCGGGACGUCCCUGGCACGGUUCAAUUUUUUGUCCAGGGCUCAGAUCGAAUUGGUGUAAGAAGACAUUCAUGAGUACGGGUGAUAGAGAGCUUCCUUGAGGAAUUCUUUGAUUGUUGCCCUUAUUUGUUGCCAUUACCUUAUCUAUUCAAGAGAGUGCAAAAGAAGAAGAGGAAGGGGAAUAGCUUCAUUGUAGACACAACAAUGGUCGAAGUUUGGUGGUCCCUCUUGGGGGCUGCUAUUCCGGCCGUUAUUGCAGGACAAGCUUUUAGAGUAAAGCGAAGGCAUGCCGAAGAGCAAAGAAUUAAGAGUGCUCGGGGAAGAGAGAAGAGUACUGAUGAUAUUUUUGUCUGCGAGAGGGUUUGCACGUCAAAGAGAAUGCUUAAAAAGGUAGGAGCAUUCUCUAAGGACCCAAUUCCUGAUACUUGUGUCACUGUUUGUGGUGUAUCGGAGCUUGAUGCUUGCUCUGAUGCCUGUGCUCGUACAGUGUGCGUUAAUCAGCACCAAGUUCCCAACUGGAAUGACAUCUGCCUUAGAAGAUGUCAGAGUGAAUGCCUAAAACUCUCUUCUUCUCGUUCUUCUUAGUUCAUCUUCAGUGAAUUUCUGUCCUCAAUUUGGAAUUUAUAUUUUCUAGAAAUGCUGUUUUAGUGCAGUGAUUGGUUUAUACCAUUUUAAGAGAUUUUAUGAGAUACUCUCCUUGUAUGAACCUGAGUUGGCUAGCCUUCAAAUAUUGGGGUAGUCUCUUGCAUGUUACUCUUGAACUACUUAUACUCU